CUUACUGGCUUUAUUAUCAGUUAUUUAUUUACCCGCUUCUUCCAAUUUAAAGGUGCCGAUUUCAGAAGCAAACCAUGUGUCAUUCAAGUUUUUGCAAACUACUCAAUCAUAUUUUUGUACCGGUUUCCUUUUAAAAUCAUCAAAGUUUUUACUGUUUGAAUUGUGCGCAAUGGAGAACAAUUUCACUCGACAGCUUUUUGGUGGUAACAUCGUUCGUGCCUUCUCUCAAUGUGUCGCUCAACACCUGCUGCUCCUACUGAACUACAACCUUGUAACGCACUUUAGUGUAUUUUCUCCUUUGAAAGUCAUUGAAGAAGUGUACAACAACAUCUCAUCACUGAAAUUGGUAUUUGCUUUAUCAGAAGUAGUGUUGGUCGUGUUGAUCUUCACGCUCAUAAAUUACCCCACUUUCGUUCAAUCUCAAAAGUUCGACUCACGAUUUCAACAUUACCUCAGUUACUUUUCUGCUUCCAAAGCUGUCACUCUGCUACAGUAUGGUAUAUGCGGUGUUCUCUUAGGUUUUGCUUACGCAUCGUUUGGUCAUGAAGAUCAUGAAUCUUUAUUUAUCAACUGCAGCACUUCAAUGCCAAGCAAAUUUUGUAUCAACGGGCAAAAAUUAUUUUUUGUACUGCUUGGAGGAUGGGCCAGCAUCUUGCUCUUUUUUCGUGACAAUGCACUGAAGAGCAAAAUUAUAGUAUUUCCUAUUAUUCAUGAACUAACUGUUUUUAAAAUAAAAAAAAACCUAAUGCAAACGCUGCUUCUUAAUUUCAAAACUGCCUGUUUGACUUCCGUAUCCUUCAUGUUCAUGUACUAUUUUACUCAAAAACAUUUAAUACAUUUCUUGCAGACAUACUUGUUCCUUUCUAUUGAAGCAGCCAAUUUGAAUGGUUUCUUCAAAAUUGGACAAUUAUUAGCCCUCGUCAUUUAUUGUACUUUUGUCAUUUCCUCCCACGAACUCUCCAAAUUAAUCUUCAAUAUCUUCUUCACUCGUCACAUCAAGUUCCCCGUUGCAAAGUCUGAUAGUAUUUGCUUGAAGGAGGCGCUACAGAUGUCGAAAGUACCGUUCUUACAACAUCUUGCCUUCAAUGACUUAGUGAUAUUAUCUGAGAGAGACAAGGAUCGCAGAAGUGUCCUGUUCUCCCUCAGCUUGCCUGGAGGUCAUCCUCACCAAUGGAGAGGUGUUUUCACUCCCGUUAUAAACACUGUUGAAUCUUUCUCUGAUGAACUGAAUAAGUUACUCUCAGAUGUUGCAAGUCCAUCAAAGAAAAUGGAGUCUAAGAAGGAAGUCAAACUUCUUCCAACUGGCUUACAGAUCCCUGUUGUUAGUCCUGUAAAAAGAAAUUUUGAACUGAGCAGAACUUUUUCAUCACCAAAAUCCCCUAAUAUGAGAGAUUUAUCAGUUAUUUAUACAAACACUGAGCCUCUCACAGCGCCUAUUCCAGCAAAAAGUACAACAUCAAAAGUUUCUAUUUUUGACGCAUGUAAAAAAGCUUUCAGUGAAUUCCUUAUUCACCUCAAAACACAGAUUCAAGAUCCAGCUAUCUUAAAUUAUUUCUUAGUCAGUAAUGCCGAAUACAGGCUAAUCUGCAUUUUACAAAAUGUUCAGCUUGUAAGUUGGUCUAUUGAUAGUCUGUCACUCUUGGCAUGUGCAUCUUUUGCAGAGGAUAAAUAUGGUAUUGUACAACAAGACUUAUCCAGAAUUAUUGUAGCCAUGUUAAAAGUAAAAAGCGUCAUCGAAAAAUUGCCCAAAAACAGUGCUCUUCACAAAGUAUUUUUAUCCUAUGAUAAAUAUGCACGAUCAAACUUGAAGGCAACAGUGAAAAGAAGCCUGUACCGCCUUUCUUUGACUUUUGGAGAGUACAUUUUUACAUUAUCCUUACCCCCUGAUGCUGAACAACAGAUGUCACACUUCUUAAACUUUGUGGAAAGUUAGUGUUCACACAAAUCCUUCAGCUCAACUGAACUGUACACUUUUUAAUCAUAAGUUUGUGUCAUUUUUCUUUUAACUGACAGGAGCUAGGCUAGUGGCUAAAAUAAAAAAAAAUUGUAAAUUUUGUAAUAUUAAGGAUUUAGUUGUAGAGAACAUUUUCUUACUUUUUUACUCAGUCACUGACUUGCACACUACAUUAUAUUUGUAUAUUUUCUCUUUUGUUCUUGAAGUGAUUUACUUGUCUUUAGUUGCCAAAGUUCAUCAUUGGUGUAAGUAAAGUAUUUUCUCUCAUAAUCCUAUGUUAUUUAAAAAGAUUUGAUGAUCAAAUUUUUAACUUGGAAUUUUUGUACUUUAUUCAAAAAUAAAUUAGAACACAAUAAAAGCUUGCUCAUUAAAAA